AUGAAGCGACUGUUGCGAGAGUCUGAGGAAGAAAUCAUGCUGACGUUGGGACCUUCGUCCAGCCUCUCACCAGAUAAGGUUAGGGAAGAGGCUAUCUGUAGUGUCAACAGCAAGUCCACAGGUCCUACUGGGUCCUUGCCAGAGGACAACUUCUCACCCCCUUGCUGUGAGUCAGCAGACUCCACUAUAGGAGAGAGAGAUGGGGACCUGGCCCAACUUUGUAGCUUUGAGCAGCAAGCCAAUAGCCAACCUUCUCUGGCCUCCACUGCCUAUGCUUCAGGGUCUGAUUCUCGGGAACUCUCACCUGCCAGUAUAACAAGCUGUUCAGAGCCUGCAGGGAGAAAUCAAACCAGGCCCAUUUUGCCCAGAGGUCCUGGCCAAAGAUGUAGGCAUGAACACCAAGAGCCUCUGGGAGAUGUAGUAGAAUAUAUCAUCAGAGAGCUGCAAGGUAUCAGUCGUCUUCAGUCUGAGAUUGCUGAGCUGCAACAGCACUUGAACCAAGUCCAGGGCUCUGUGGACGAAGUGUCUAGCUGUGUAGAUUCAGUACUGAGUGAAAUAGAAGGCUUGCACGUGGGUAGCAGCUCUUUGGGCAAAGUGUGCAAUGUGGAAAAGGCCCAGGAACUCCAUGUAGAAAAAUCCAGAGAGGAAGCCAUUCUUUAUCUGUAUGGACUUCCUGAACAUGAUGGGGAAAACACUAUGGAACUGGUGGACAACUUUCUAACUAAGCACCUCUGUGUUAAUGGCAUGCAGUGCAACAGGUAUAUCCAAGAGGCAUACAGGGCAGGCACAGCUCCUGGGCCCCGGCCCACUGUGGUGAAACUUGUCCAUCUAGAGCACAGAGACCUCAUCUUGCAAAAAUCCAUCCUCUUGCAGAGUGUGGGGGUCAGGGUUGCUACCAGAGAAGAACCAGUCUGGCCAGAAGGGUGUAAGAAUCCCCCAAAGGAGUCUCCAUCAUGCUUGCAACAACAUCAAGACCACAGUUGGAACUCUUUAAAUCAGGAUAAACCAGGUCUCCAGCUAGAAACAGGGAACAGAAGACAAAUGAUGGAACCACACCAGAUGAGGGCUCAGGAUCAACAUAGAGAACCGCAGGCUUCUGAGCAUCAAGGCCUUCAUUAUCUACCAAAGGAUGGCUUAGCAAAACAGAGUGAUGUGUCUAAGCUACAGGAUAAAGUAAAAGGAACAUCAGGAGCAUCCCAGGUAAUCAGUGGUUGUUGUGAACUUUCUCUCAUCCAUCAACUUAAGGGGUCUUCCUCAGUGUUAAUCUCAAAAGAGGAAGAUUGUGGAAAAUUACAGAUUUUCAAACAGGGCAGCCAAGAAGAUGAGGCAUGUAAUGUGACAAAGCAACAAAGAGAUUGCAGCAAUACAAUUAAGGGCAGCAGUUGCCUUUUACUGUCUGGACCACUGAAAGCAGAGACAGUAAACGCAGAGGACAAGAUGCUAGGCUGUGAAGCUGGACUUGAUAUUCUGAGCCCAAAGCAGCUGGAGGACCUUUUGGCAGACAAGUCUAGAAAGCUUACGACUCUGAGUCCUGACAGCACAGUGCAGGAAGUGAUGAUAGGGCCUGAGACUUUCAGUAACAUGGUUCAUAUUGACCUGAAUGAAGAAGAGAACUGUACUGCCCAGGUCCUUAAGAAUGUCUUUGAUAAGUCCUCAUGUGUUCUGGGUGGCUCCCAGGAGGAUGAAGAUGUAGAAAUUAAAUUUCACACAACUAAGCUGAGUCGAGCGAUCCACCACUUCCGUUUGGCUCUGCAAGGGGUAUUUCAGAAGCUGGAUAAUAAUGGGUCCAUCAGUCCUGAGGACCUGGAAAGCAAUGAGAGUGGUUCUCAGUCAGAGAACAGUGAUAGACUUCUUUGGACAGUAAGUUCAGGAGGUGCCCACGAUUGUUCAGUGGAGAGUCCAGCAAGUCAGGGGAGUGAGAGCUUGCUCAGUGUGGUCUCUGGUGGAGUAGGCAUCUCUAUACAGGGUGAUCAGACACCUCAAGCACCAAGCAACUUCUCUCUUGCUUCUAACAACUCACCUCUUGCAAACUCAUUGCUCAGUUUCCCUCUAGCCCCAUGUCUGGGAAGCGAGACUUGUUCCAGACCUGACUCUCCUAAUCAAGGCAAACUGAGUUUAGAGCAAGUAUGUGCAGAGACCAUUUACCUUAACAAAUGCAUCAACAAUUUUAAAAACGUUCUAAGAGAAAAAAGACUGAGGCAGAAAAAACUUCUGCAAGAGCUAGUACAGACGGCAAGUCAUCUUUCAGUAGAAGACAUCCCCUCAGAAGGAAAGCGAGAAGCUCUUCAGAUUUCAGAUGAUGGUGACCCCUCCUUGCCUCAGUGGCUCCCAGAAGGGCCAGCUGGAGGGCUCUAUGGCAUCGACAGCAUGCCAGAUCUACGAAGAAAGAAGCCACUGCCACUUGUCAGUGAUCUGGCUAUGUCACUGGUCCAGUCACGGAAAGCAGGAAUUACGUCUGCUAUGGCUACACGUACCUCUCUCAAGGAUGAAGAACUGAAAUCCCAUGUGUACAAGAAAACUCUGCAGGCCUUAAUCUACCCCAUCUCGUGUACCACACCUCACAACUUUGAGGUCUGGUCUGCCACUACACCUACGUAUUGCUAUGAGUGUGAAGGCUUGCUCUGGGGCCUUGCCCGGCAAGGCAUGCGCUGCAGCGAGUGUGGAGUCAAGUGCCAUGAGAAGUGCCAGGACCUGCUCAAUGCCGACUGCCUACAACGGGCUGCCGAAAAGAGCUCUAAGCAUGGAGCUGAGGACCGGACUCAGAACAUUAUCAUGGCCAUGAAGGACCGCAUGAAGAUCCGAGAACGGAAUAAACCAGAGAUCUUUGAGGUUAUCCGUGAUGUGUUCACAGUGAGCAAAGUUGCCCAUGUGCAGCAGAUGAAAACAGUAAAGCAGAGUGUCCUGGAUGGCACCUCCAAGUGGUCAGCCAAAAUUACCAUCACUGUGGUUUGUGCCCAGGGCCUACAAGCCAAAGACAAGACAGGAUCUAGUGACCCUUAUGUGACUGUGCAAGUUGGGAAAACCAAGAAGCGCACCAAGACCAUUUUUGGAAAUUUGAAUCCUGUUUGGGAGGAGAAGUUUCAUUUUGAGUGCCACAACUCUUCUGAUCGAAUUAAGGUACGUGUGUGGGAUGAGGAUGAUGACAUCAAAUCCAAAGUAAAGCAGCGGCUAAAGCGAGAGUCAGAUGAUUUCCUGGGCCAAACUAUCAUUGAAGUUCGAACACUGAGUGGAGAGAUGGAUGUCUGGUACAAUCUGGAGAAGAGAACAGACAAGUCAGCUGUCUCGGGGGCUAUCCGACUACAAAUCAGUGUGGAGAUCAAGGGGGAGGAAAAGGUAGCCCCAUACCACGUACAAUAUACAUGUCUCCAUGAGAACCUUUUCCAUUACCUCACAGACAUUCAGGGCAGUGGGGGAGUCUGGAUCCCAGAAGCUCGGGGGGAUGAUGCAUGGAAGGUGUACUUUGAUGAGACAGCCCAAGAAAUUGUGGAUGAAUUUGCCAUGCGCUAUGGCAUUGAGUCUAUAUAUCAGGCCAUGACGCACUUUGCGUGUUUGUCAUCCAAGUACAUGUGUCCUGGUGUACCAGCCGUGAUGAGCACCUUACUGGCCAACAUCAAUGCCUAUUAUGCUCACACAACUGCCUCCACUAACGUCUCUGCAUCUGAUCGUUUUGCAGCCUCCAACUUUGGUAAAGAAAGAUUUGUAAAACUGUUGGACCAGCUACACAACUCACUGAGGAUAGACCUCUCUACAUACAGGAAUAACUUUCCUGCUGGGAGCCCUGAGCGGCUUCAGGAUUUAAAAUCUACAGUGGAUUUGCUGACCAGCAUUACUUUCUUCAGGAUGAAGGUGCAAGAACUUCAGAGCCCCCCAAGAGCCAGCCAGGUGGUAAAGGACUGUGUGAAAGCCUGCUUGAACUCUACAUAUGAAUACAUCUUCAACAACUGCCAUGAUCUCUACAGUCACCAGUACCAGCUGCAGGAACAACCUCUAGAGGAACCAGGGCCCAGCAUUCGGAACUUGGAUUUCUGGCCCAAACUUAUCACACUCAUUGUGUCUAUCAUAGAGGAGGAUAAGAACUCCUACACACCUGUUCUGAACCAGUUUCCUCAGGAGUUGAAUGUAGGAAAAGUGAGUGCAGAAGUGAUGUGGCAUCUGUUUGCUCAAGACAUGAAAUAUGCACUGGAGGAACAUGAGAAAGACCGGCUGUGUAAGAGUGCUGACUACAUGAACCUGCACUUUAAGGUGAAGUGGCUCCACAAUGAAUAUGUGCGGGAUCUGCCUGCCCUCCAGGGCCAGGUGCCUGAGUACCCAGCGUGGUUUGAGCAGUUUGUGCUACAGUGGCUAGAUGAGAAUGAAGAUGUGUCCCUGGAAUUCCUUCGUGGGGCCUUGGAACGAGAUAAGAAGGAUGGGUUCCAGCAGACAUCAGAGCAUGCCUUGUUUUCCUGUUCUGUGGUGGACGUCUUUACACAACUCAACCAGAGCUUUGAGAUCAUCCGGAAGUUGGAAUGUCCAGACCCCAGCAUCCUUGCCCACUACAUGAGAAGGUUUGCUAAGACCAUUGGAAAAGUGCUGAUACAGUAUGCAGACAUCUUGUCAAAGAACUUCCCAGAUUACUGCACAAAGGAGAGACUGCCCUGUAUCCUGAUGAACAACAUGCAGCAACUGAGGGUCCAGCUGGAGAAAAUGUUUGAGGCCAUGGGAGGCAAAGAGCUGGACUCUGAAGCUGCAGACAGUCUGAAGGAGCUACAGGUAAAACUGAAUACAGUUCUGGAUGAGCUCAGCAUGGUGUUUGGAAACAGCUUCCAGGUGCGGAUUGAUGAAUGUGUUCGACAAAUGGCUGACAUCCUGGGCCAAGUUCGGGGCACAGGGAAUGCGUCUCCUAACGCCAGAGCCUCAGUGGCUCAGGAUGCAGAUAGUGUGCUUCGACCUCUCAUGGAUUUCCUGGAUGGCAACCUCACGCUGUUUGCCACUGUGUGUGAGAAGACGGUUCUGAAGCGAGUCCUGAAGGAGCUCUGGCGGGUGGUGAUGAACACCAUGGAGCGGGUCAUCGUCCUGCCCCCACUCACUGACCAAACAGGCACCCAGCUGAUCUUAACUGCUGCCAAGGAGCUGAGCCAGCUUUCCAAACUCAAGGACCACAUGGUACGAGAGGAGACAAGGAAUCUCACUCCAAAGCAGUGUGCUGUCCUCGACCUGGCCUUGGACACCAUCAAGCAAUACUUCCAUGCAGGAGGCAAUGGUCUGAAGAAAACCUUCCUGGAAAAGAGCCCAGACCUGCAGUCUCUACGCUAUGCCCUCUCUCUGUAUACACAGACUACAGACACUCUCAUCAAGACAUUUGUGCGCUCACAGACUGCCCAGGUACAUGAUGGGAAAGGUAUUAGGUUUACUGCUAACGAGGACAUUCGGCCAGAAAAGGGGGCUGGUGUAGAUGAUCCUGUGGGAGAAGUCUCUAUUCAGGUGGACUUAUUUACACAUCCUGGCACUGGGGAGCAUAAGGUCACAGUGAAAGUGGUAGCAGCCAAUGACCUCAAAUGGCAGACAGCGGGUAUGUUCCGGCCUUUUGUGGAAGUGACCAUGGUUGGCCCGAACCAAAGUGAUAAGAAGAGGAAGUUCACAACCAAGUCUAAAAGUAACAACUGGACUCCCAAGUACAACGAGACAUUUCACUUCCUCCUGGGAAAUGAAGAGGGUCCAGAAGCUUAUGAAUUGCAGAUAUGUGUGAAGGAUUACUGCUUUGCCCGGGAGGAUCGUGUGAUAGGACUGGCAGUGAUGCCCCUGAGGGAUGUGGCAGCUAAGGGCAGCUGUGCCUGCUGGUGCCCGUUGGGCCGGAAGAUUCAUAUGGAUGAGACAGGCAUGACCAUUCUGCGGAUUCUGUCUCAGAGGAGCAAUGAUGAGGUAGCCCGAGAGUUUGUGAAGCUCAAAUCAGAGUCUCGAUCCACAGAGGAAGGGAGCUGACCAUCUCUGCCAUCUCUGCCUUGUGUGCCAUCCAGACAGCACCCACUGCACCGAUCAGCUGAGGAGAGUUAGCCGUGUAGCUAGCUUAGAGUCCUUGUAGUCAAAAGGCUGACUCUCCCAGUUAAGGAUGUCUAAGGAGAAUCUUGGGGUAGUAAGACUAUGGCUUUUCAAGAAGUCCUGAAUCCCCAACCUGUAGGUCUGUGGUGCUAGAAGCUGGGCUGUGGAAGCUACUUCAUGGAGAGAUUUUUCCAUAAAUAGAGAGGGACAGACAUUGCCAAGAAUGUCAGCUAUUCUUGGUAGACAACUGUCCACUCCACUUCCCACUUCCUCCCUCUCUAAACCACACUUUGUCCAGGUAGGCACUUAUAUGCUCCUCAUUAGAACAUGUUCAGAAGGCCUGGAGCUUGUACCUGGCUGACUCUGAUCCACAGUGGAGAUUGGCCAGAGCAGGAACACAGAAUGGAAUUCACUGUCACUUGAGCAGCAGGACUGGUUUGUGUGGCUUCAGUGAGAACAAGGCUUGGAAACUGAACAAGAUACCUUCUGCAAAGGCACUGAGCUAAUUCCUUUGCUCAGAAUAGCUGUCAUAAGUCAAAGCAGGUUCACAUGGUGCUUUGGAGCCCUGAGCAGAAUAUUUCUUUGGAAUCCAGGCACCAGGGGUCUCAUCUUCCCAGAGUACUCCCGGCUCCCUACUCCUGUAAGCAGGGAGUGAUGCUUAGAACACACACACACACACACACACACACACACACACACACACACACAAUCUUGUAUGUAUAGACCUGAAGGCUAACUAAGGAUCCAAGGAUAUUUUCUUGAGUACUCCCUGAACAAAGCCAAAAAUAAUGGAAAAUGAUCUAGAAAGAACUGUUCUCACCUAUGGCCACAACCUUCUGGCUGUCCUCCUUGCAGAAAACAUCUAGUCUUUGGCCUUCCUCUUUUCUUUGGGCUCAGCUGCUAUUCCCCACGGAUUGGUCAAGCAUAAAGGAGGAGCUUGGACUCUGAUUCCUCUGUAUGAGCUGGAUGGAGGAGGACUGAAGGAUUUGCUGGAAGGUCAGAGGCAAACCCUUUCAGCAGGUCUGAUGAGCUUCCUGGACCCUUGCUCAGAAAUGGGACUUGAUCCUUGAUUUCCUGAUAGUAGCCUUCUGAGAUUCCUAAGGACUCAACAUUGUCCACAGUGCGCCAGACAAUACACAAAACGAACGAAGCAUCUUUGCUGUUUUUAAUUAUUAUAUGUGCCAUUAUUAUGGGAAAUUGUAGGGUAGACUUUAAUAAAUUAUCUCUUAGCAGC